ACUAAUUUAGUUAGUGAUGCUUUAAUUCUAAUACGCGAUAGUCUAAUACUGUAUUACCGUGUCCAUACUUGUAUCUUAUUAUUAACUAUAAAGUAUCUUUUACAAUAAUAAGUAGUACCUAUUAUUAUGAUCAUUCAUCAGAAUCAUUAAUGUCGUCGUGCGUACAAUGUUUCAGUAAACAUUUUUAGUUUGCCUAUUUUGUUCAAACGUUAUUUGAGUAUUAACUAAAAUUGUGCACAAGACUAGAUAUAGUAUAUCAGGAUUUUUACGCGACACACACUUACUCAAACCAAAGUUUUUUGCCUAGUUUUUAGACAUGGCGUUCCGUAGACAAAGUACAUCUGGGUCUAAGCCACAGCUUAAAGAAAAARUUGUACAAAUUUAUGAGUCAUUUUUUAAGGGCGAAGAUGUCUCAAAAGACAAUGACCAUUUCUGGGAUGAAUUUUUCUUAUUAAAACCUAAAAUAUCGUAUAUUGAGACAGAAAUAGAAAAAUUAAGUAUUGAACAAUUGGUUACACUUCAAGAUAAUUUUAGACUUUUAUUUACCAAAUGUAUCACAACAUUUGAAUGCCAACAUCAAUUGCGUAUUAUAUUCUCAUUAAAGAUUUCUAUUUUGGUAAUACCAAAAGACACUGAUAUGGUUUUUGAGAAUUUAUUGGGGAAAUGCAAUAUUAUGUUACGUGAACCCGAAUGUGUUGUUGUUAAAGAUUUAUGUUUACAAUUUUUACUGACGAUUGUUACUGGCACCGACAACCUCAAUGAAAAUCCAGCUCUAUGCCAUUUGAUGACUAACAGUGUUUUUGAACCUUUGACAGAAGUUCUUUCAAAUAAUAUAUACCAAACAUAUCAUGGCUAUGAUUCUAUUUUGCUCUUGACAUUACUUAUGAAUGUUGAAACUGCUAAGAAGACAAAUCCAUAUGUUGUCAAAUUAUCAUUGUUAGACAAAGAAGAUACUUUAAAUGGUUAUAGUCAGAUUAUAAGAUGGUCAUUGGAAGAAAUUUGUCAACAAUAUAGAUCAGAAGAAAUAGCACAGUACUCAAACAACACAUGGUUUAACACAUUUACAUCGGUUGUAAGCAAUAUGCUAUUUGUACCAGAAACUAUUGAAGAACAUAAUAUUGAAUUACCUCAAGAAAUCAGGUCAAUGAGUGGAAUAUUAAUUGCAUUGUAUGAAGCUGUACAUUACAAUCGAAACUUUAUGACUACAUUAACACAUUGUCAUACAUCCAAUAACUAUGAAUCACACCCUAGUGUUAUGCAACAGACACAUGCAGCUACAAAUAAUCCUGAUCUCAAAUCGCUAUCAGAUAAUCAAUUUUCCAAUCUUCUAGUCACAUUUUUUCAAUAUUGUUCAAUUGUAAUGCAGGACACAAAGACUGAAGCAAAUGCAAAUAACUCAAUGCUAUGUUUUGUAAUAUUGUCUAGUAUUACUGAUGACCAAUUUGCCAAUUCACUAAUGCAUGAUGUAAAUUUACAAUUCAAAGUCGAUCUAUAUAGAUCACCUACCAGACGAUACAUGUUUGUUCCUGACAAGUCGCCAAAACCUUUGGCUGCUGCUCUAUUAGAUUUGAUGAUCGAGUUUAUGUUAGGGCAUAUGAUGAAAAAAUUACCAUUUGACCAAUAUAUGAAAUGUAUAAGUAUAAUUCAUCGCAUAAUAUGUUACCAAAAACGGAAUAGUGUGCGUUUGUGUUACAAUUGGAAAGAUUUAUGGAGUUCUUUAAUCACACUUUUAAAAUUUCUAAUGACUUAUGAACAUCAACUUUCACAGGAUAUGAAUAUUUAUGAUUUAGGGAUACAAAUUGUUAAUAUAUUUAACUUGUUCAUUACCUAUGGUGAUAUGCUACUUCCAUCACCAAGCAGUUAUGAUGAGUUGUACUAUGAAAUUAUUAGGAUGCAUACAGUAUUUGACAAUAUAUAUGUCUUAUCAUCAAGAAACUCUUCAUCUGUUAGUGAACAUAAGUUAUCUGCUACAAAACUAUCUAAUUGUUUAAUAAAUAUAAGAGCUAUAAUCAAUCAUUACAUACCAAAAAUCGAUAAUUGGUUAGAGAAGAACUCAGUAACUACACCUGUUGGUGAAGAAAUUUUAGAAGUUGUAAGAAAUAAUUAUGAUACACUGACACUGAAAUUACUACUUGAUUGUUUGGGAAGUUUUGAGUCAAACAAGUCCAAUCAUGAUUUGGCAAGCUCAUCACUUAUCAAACUAAUGGUUAGCAAAGUAGUUAAGGAUACAAGGCAAUCAUUAAAACAUUCCAACACCGAUCUUCAGCAAAUUCUUCAGAAUUUUUCACUUUAUACUAAUCCAUAAUGAAUAUAUUUUAUCAUUGUAAGGCAGUAUUAAUGUUGUAUUCAAAAGCUAUUAAAACACGAUCAAAUACAAAUUUAGAAAUUAUUUUUAAUUGUAUUGCUUUUUUACAAUUAGAAAUUAAGAUUAAAAAUUAUUGAAUGAAUUUAAUACAUAUUUCUUUUGGAUGAUUUUCUCUUCGACUUAUUAAAUGUUUUGUAUUAGUCAUA